GGCGCGGCACGGCGCCGCGCACCGGCCCGUGGGGCAGAGCGGCCGCGGUUAUGGCGGUGUGUGCCCGGCUGUGCGGGGUGGGCCCGGCGCGCGGCUGCCGCCGGCGCGGGGCAGCGAGGGAGCAGCGGCGCGGUGCUGCCGGCGACAGCGAGCCCGACACCGACACCGACCCCGAGGAGGCGGGCGGCGGCGGCGCCGCGGAGGAUGAGGAGGCGGCGGAGCGCAUCGAGGGCGGGCGGCCCGUGCCGCACCCCGCCGAGGCCGGCCCGGCCGGGCGGGCCCCGUUGUCCCUCCUAGAGCUGCCCCCCGAGCUCCUGGUGCAAAUCUUCGGCUCUCUGCCCGGUACCGAGCUGCCCAGCCUGGCCCGCGUCUGCACCACCUUCCGCCGCAUCCUUCGCACCGACACGAUUUGGCGGCGGCGCUGCCGCGAAGAAUAUGGACUCUGUGAAAACUUGCGGAAGUUGGAGAUCACAGGAGUGUCCUGUCGAGAUGUUUAUGCCAAACGUAUAAACCCACGAGUGAAGUCGGGGCGUUUUAUGAAAAUCCUUCCCGACUACGAGCACAUGGAGUACAGAGAUGUUUACACCUGCCUGCUGCACCGAUACCGGCACAUCCUGGGGCUGUGGCAGCCGGACAUUGGGCCCUACGGGGGACUGCUGAACGUGGUGGUAGACGGUUUGUUCAUCAUCGGCUGGAUGUACCUGCCACCGCAUGACCCUCAUGUUGAUGAUCCCAUGAGAUUCAAACCUCUCUUCAGGAUUCAUCUCAUGGAGAGGAAAUGUGCAACGGUCGAGUGUAUGUAUGGUCACAAGGGCCCUCACAACGGCCACAUCCAGAUUGUGAAGAAGGAUGAGUUCUCCACGAAAUGCAACCAGACAGAUCACCAUCGGAUGUCAGGGGGACGGCAGGAGGAAUUCCGGACGUGGCUAAGGGAAGAAUGGGGUCGGACCCUGGAAGACAUCUUCCAUGAGCACAUGCAGGAGCUCAUCUUGAUGAAGUUCAUCUACACCAGCCAAUAUGACAACUGCUUGACAUACCGACGCAUCUACCUCCCUCCCAGCAGCCCCGACGACCUUAUAAAGCCAGGUCUCUUCAAGGGAACGUACGGGAGCCACGGGCUGGAGAUUGUCAUGUUGAGCUUUCACGGAAAGAAAGCGAAGGGGACUAAAAUCACUGGAGAUCCCAACAUCCCAGCUGGGCAGCAGACUGUAGAGAUUGACCUGGCACAUCCUCUGCAGCUUCCUGACGUCGAGAACCUUCGCGAUUUCAGUGAGCUCUCGCGCAUCGUCCUGGAGGUGCAGGAGCAGGUGCGUCGGGAGGAGCAAGAGGAGGAACAGCGGCAGGACGACGGGGACCGCUCCCCCCAUGCUUCCUCUCAGGCUGUCACCAAAUCCCCAGGAGAAGGUGCCGAUGGGGAAGGGACUGCGGCUGGGGCGGAGGGGAUGCCCCAGGACAAGGCACCAGCUUCCCAGCCCUUUGUGCUGCCCAUGGGAGUCAUAUCGAGGAAUAAGGACUAUCCCCGGACCUGCCGAAUUUGUUUUUAUGGGACGGGGCUUAUUGCUGGCCACGGCUUCACCAGCCCCGAGCGAACACCCGGCGUUUUCGUUCUCUUCGAUGACGAUCGCUUUGGAUUCAUCUGGCUGGAGCUGAAAUCCUUCAGCCUCUACAGCCGGAUCAAGGUCUCCUUCCAGAACGCCGAAGCGCCUUCCCGUGAGGCUUUUGACGAAAUGCUGAAGAACAUUCAGUCACUGUUUUCUUGACGGGUGGUUGUGGAUGGACAGGGGUAGGGGUUGCAAAGGCUGCUGCACUCCCCAGCCAGGGCUGGGUUGGGGAUUCCUUGCUCUCGGUACCUCUGAAUAAAAGCAUGCACUUUUAAUAAAGCCUUUUUACCCCAAAAUGUACACAUCCCGGUUAAAAUACCCAUAACUGCCCUUUCCUCCCUGCCACCCCACACUGCUCCCCAGCAGUCCUUGUUACCUGGUCUGUAACAUCGCUUUGUGUAGCUGAAGGGAUCCUGCAGAGGAGGAAAUAAACCUUUAUAUUGCAAAAAGAAAUGGAUUGGAACAAAAAUAAUUCAAGGUCAGAGCUGCAUGGGAAGAAUGUCUGAUUGACCGGGUGUCCACGAGCCCUGUGGACAGAGCUCUUUUUUGUGGAAGGAACUCAUGCUCUAGACCGAUCUAGACUUGCUUUACCCUCCUAAAACCUUUUGCGGUCUCCCCGCUGCAGAUUUGUCUGCUUAAUGCUGAAUUGCAUCAGCGGUGACAAGGCAUGUCCUCCUCUCCAGAAACCUUUCUCUGGUUUUGGCAGCAAGGGGAGGAUUCCCCGCUGGAAGGGACGGUGUGUGUUGUGUUGUCCCAGCUUCUGGAGCUUGUUGGAUGUGUUGUCCCCGGGGCUCCAGGUCUGGGUGUUUCCCUGAGUGUAGGGGAGAUGAUUAUUUAUUAUAGGAGCUGAGUACUGUGAGUUGUGCCAUAAACCAUCAGCGUUUGCAUCUGUGCCUGUUAUUAAUCCUGUGUAGGAAGAGAUGAUGGGGAUCUUUGUGUGAAGAGAAAAGAGGUGUUUGAAGGAAGCUCUUGGUUACAAAUAAAAGAUGUCCUUUGUUGCAGUUGCUCUCUGGCUGUGAUGAUAAACUCCAGGUUUCUUUUCCUGCUACUAGCUGGAUCAGUGUCUAUCAAAACUCUUCCUUUACAUCUUCUGCAGGUUUUGGUUUAUAAAUGUGUCUGUACCUGUGUUGUGCUGGGAGGAUUCAGGCCCCUUCUAUGGAGAAGUUUGUCCCCGCCUCGUUUCAAUGACUGUGAACAGCUUUUCUCCUCACUCUCACAAGGGCUUUUUGCCAUUUCUGGCUCUCGAGUUGUUCUCUCAAGCUGUGUGAGAACAGAGUCUCCAGCAGAGACUUUGAGCAGAAGGUCACGUCACUCACAGGAUUAAUUCCUGUCUCUUUGCAGAGGGUUUUACAAACCUCUGGGAAUUUGAAGGUGAUUUGGGGCACUUCUUUCUUUGUUUCCUACAGCUUUGUCAGUAGUUGAAAACCUGUCUCAGUGUUAGAGGUGUGGAUCUGAAGUGCUAUUACCAUUCUGGUGAAUUAGCUAUAAAAAGCAGGUUGUUUCUGAGCAGCCUGUCAGAGCUGUUCCUGGUGGCAUCAGCAGAGGGAAGAGUUGACCUGGAUCUCGCCCCAUCGCUCAGGGCUGGCACAGAGGAUGGGGAGCAGCUCAGCCUCACUGUGUGCCCAGAGAAACGAGACGGAGCUAAAAUCAGGCGUUUUGGCCUUUUUCUGCAGCUGCGGACAGAAGGAAAACGUGCUUAAUCUCGCAGAUGGAGGUUUCCAGCUUGAUGCAGAUUUCUCCAAGACAUUCGGAGUCUGUUCAGCAUCUGGGUGGCCAGUUUAUCUUGAGUUUGCUGUCAGGCUGAUGCGGCCGGUGUGUUGGCUGCUUUGUGUCUUCACUAACAAGCUGAAGGGAUGCAGGAGGUCCCCUUGGGCAGCUGGUUCAGUCGCUUGUACUUAAAAACACCUUCACUUUAGCUGCAAAUGGAUCCAUGGCUCUGAUUGCAAAUUCCUCCUUCCUUCCUUGUCCUUGCUCAACCCCCAAAAAUACAAACCCUGACCUUUUACGUAACUAACUUAAUAGUUUUUGCUUUUUGUCUUUAAAGUAAGAUUGAAAAUCCAGAGUGUAUUGAAUGCAUGAAAAACACUUGGCCUGAGACCCAAGCCACUGUCUCUUAAGUACCCUGUUUCCCUGAAAAUAAGAUCUCUCAUUAAUUUCUACUCCAAAACCUAUUACUUUUUUACAUGUAUAGCUGCCUGGAUGCUAUUUAAAUUGACUCUUUUUAUGAACUGUAACUAGGGCUUAUUUUUGGAGUAGGGCUUAUAUUUUCAGCAUCCUGAAAAAUCAUGCUAGGGCUUAUUUUGGGGGUAGGUCUUAUUUUUGGGGAAAUGGUGCAGACACCAACUCCAACCUGCUGUGUUGGGCUGGCUGAGUGUGUAAAGGCGUUGUAGGUACGUUCCGCUGCUGUGUCAUAAAAUGCUUGUAGUAGUUGUGACCUGUGGCUUAAAUUCAGGACAUGUUGGGUGUUUAUUGUCACAGGUUCGGGCUGAGAUGGUUCUUCUGCUUGUAGCUUGUUCCUUCUGAGCCUUCCCAAGGCGAGACCCCGCUUGGCUGGCUGGAGAGAAGACUUUGCAAUGGCUUGAUGCCCCGCAGGAACUAUUCACAGCUCAGCUUUGCCCCUCUAGAAGCAUCUUUUUAUUUAUAGUGUACCUGGUUGGCCUCAAAAUGUCAGAAUGUGCUGGUCCCGAUGAAAGGCAAAACCGCUGCUACACUGUGGCUUUAUUCUGUCUAGAGCAAAGGCGAUGAAAAUAGCAAAUUUUGAAUUAAUACUCCUCCUCUGCCUUCUCACCUUCUGCUCCUCAAAGCCUGGCAGGCUUUUGUGACAUUUCAGGAGAAAAUUCCCUGUGAUUUAGCUUUUGGCUCCAUUGGUACGUUCAGAGAAAAGCAGAAUAACACGAUGAGGAGUGAGGAGCUUGCUGCUCGGAAAGCUUGGGGAGAAGGGGAGGAACGAGAGAUGCAGGGUCUGAGCAUCCCCUCGUGGUACCUGUGGAAGCAGAGCUGCCAAUACAAUAUUUUACUGUAUUUGUUCAUUUUUGGUAUGGACUGAACCACCUCCUGUGCGUAUGUCUCAGUGCACACCCUCCUUUGUUUCUGAACUCCCCCCCUUGUCCGUUUGUAGGGAUAUUUCUGUGAGCUGUCCACAGGGGUGACGUGCGGUGGUGCCUUUGCGGAUGGUGAUAGAUUUCUGGUGCUGACGUGUCCUCGUCCUGUUCACUCUGUAGAAAGUCUUGGGGAUGAUCAGCUUUAUUUGUUGAGCCCAGACGGGUGGAAGACGGAAAACAACAUGUUGGGUGUGAUGCUGUCGGGGCAGAAGCCUUUUGGAAUAAACAAAGCAAUUUAGGUUUGCAGAGCGGCGUUGCCCCAGUAGCCACGGCAAGACCUAAGGCUUAAUUCUAAGCUCAGGAGCAGUAAGUGAGUGACUCAGGCUGUGUUGUGCUCCUAAAUCAGGCUUUCUGUGUUGUCAAAACACAUGGGUUUGGCCAGCUGGCAAACAGAAGCAUGGAAGAUCCUUGUCCAGCCAGCUUGUUUGUUUGCGUUGGGCUUCAUUUCAUCUCUCUAAAUGUGCUGUGAUCGGGUGUUGUGGCUGUAGGAGACUCACCGCAGUCCAUGUGCGUUUGUCUGGCUUUUAUUUUUUAUCGAGGAGGAGGAAAAGGGACAGAAUUACUUGUAACUGUGGUGAGCGGAGCGGUACGGCCGUGGCUGCUCUGGAGUGGGACAGCAAUUAUUUAGGAAACUUGGACUGGGGAGAAAGCAAAUUGAUGUGCAAGCUUGCUUGGAGGCGUAAGCUACCAGGAAAAUCAAAAUGCAGCUGGCUCCAUGUUUGCUUUUAAACAAGGAUGACUUUUAAUCACCUUCUAUUAAUUUAAAACUAGUGGAACUUAAUGGGAGUGUUGGGUGUUGUGUGGAAAUGGGUUGUAUAAUCUCAGCUUGCUAGUUUAGGAGAUGAUAAUAUACUAACUCUGUCUUGUAGCCGGUUGCUCGCGUGGCUGAUAAUGUUGUGUUGCAUUCAGCUGCCGAAGGACUGCGUGCUGGCCGUGGCGCUGCCGGACAGACAGACACAGAACAGUUGGACAGUGAAGUAUUUGAGCUGUGUGACCAGUGGAAGAUAAGUUACCAAAUUGUGAGAGCUACUGAGGGGUUUUUUUUGUGUGUGUGUGCGUGCUAAAUUGAAAUGUAUGAUUCUGGGUUUUGUUUGGAUCGCAGGCUUUAAUUUUUGAGGAAAAGAGCACUCAGAUAAACUGUGUUUGUUAGCUUAAUUAAAGCAAUCUGCACUUUUUUUUUUUUUUAAAUUAAUACUCCUGCUUCCCCUGAGCAGGUGUACCCUGUUUCUGUGUGUAUUUUGCACUCACCACUUUAACAUGACACCGAUGGAUUAAUCUAGGCAUCUCCUGUGGGCUUUAAGUGUAAAUAAGUCUGUAAAGAACUAAAGAUGACAGUGAAGCAGCAGAUUCCCGCUUCAUCCAGAGGGUAGCGCUGAGGGAAAAGGUGAGCUUUUCUUUCUAAAAUGCCAUUUGACAUGAAACACCUCGGGUUUGUGCCACAAAGAUUCAUGUCCAACGUGCUGACUGUGGUUUGAACAGCUCAUCUGCUCCUCUGUCUGAAGGUUGGGGUUUUGCUGUCCCCUUGUUGGGGGUUUGGGAGAAUCAGGCUGUCUAUAAACUUUGCAACACUUGGCCUAGUUCAUCCCAGGCUGAGCAAAAUGUGUGUGUGUGUUCAUUUUACACCUGAUCAUUGUUACCCAAGGAGCCUUUUCCAAUUUCAAAUAAUAAAAAGGAAAGUUUUGUGAACAUA